AUGUCGUAUGAACAAGCUGUAAAUCCACUUCGAAAAUUCAAACUUGUUUUCUUAGGUGAACAAAGUGUUGGCAAAACUUCAUUGAUUACUCGUUUUAUGUAUGACAGUUUUGACAAUACAUAUCAAGCUACAAUUGGUAUAGAUUUCCUUUCUAAAACUAUGUAUUUAGAAGAUCGAACUGUUCGUUUACAAUUAUGGGAUACGGCAGGACAAGAAAGAUUUCGAAGUCUUAUUCCUAGUUAUAUACGUGAUUCUACUGUUGCUGUAGUUGUUUAUGAUAUAACAAAUUUAAAUUCAUUUCAACAAACAGCAAGAUGGAUUGAAGAAGUUCGUUCCGAACGUGGUAAUGAUGUUAUUAUAAUGCUUGUUGGUAAUAAAACUGAUUUAGCUGAUAGAAGACAAGUAUCAACAGCAGAAGGUGAAGAAAAAGCAAAAGAUUUAGAUGUUAUGUUUAUUGAAACAAGUGCUAAAGCAGGUUAUAAUGUUAAACAGUUAUUCCGACGAGUAGCUUCUGCUUUACCUGGCAUUGAUAUACCUGAUCCUGCAUCUGGAUAUAAUCAUAAUGUAAAACUUCCACCUAAUGAUCAAAAAGAUGAAUCAAAUACUAAUAAUCAAAGUUAUUGUCGAUGUUAA